AUGGAUACUAGCAACACAGAAGCUACAGGUCCAGCACAUUCCCAAGACGAGGAAACUGACAGACGUGCAGAACAAGACCAGGCUAAGACGGCAGAAGAAGGCGUGUGCAAACCACUCGAAGAAGUCGGGCAACAAAAAGAGGACACGGUUGCCACGUCGGAGGAUAAUGACCAGCAGCCUACAACUGUUUCACCGAAGAAACGGAAGAAACGUCGAAUAGCCCGACAGGGAGCAGCAGAAAUCGCGCCAAUCCUGCGUGAAAAGGCGAAACAGAUAGGCCAAGAACUGGCGGAGACGACACAGGCAACUCCUCUGGAAGAUCGAACAACAAAGAAGAAGACCCGAAAUGAGGACACUGAACCCGACCGUGGAAUCCACAUUCCAGACGGUCCAGCUAGUCCGAAGGACCCUCCACCUGUACCAAAAACGGACACGCGGGAAGUUACGUGCACGCGAGAUUGGGCGGAUGACAUCGAGGAGCAAAACCAUGAUGCAGAGAUGGCUGACAUACCACAACGUUCAGGACGGACGGCACCCGACCGUCGACAAGAUGUGUCCACCCGGCAACAAACCACCAUCAAAGACGCUCGUGCAGAAGAUGAUGAUGCCGACUUCUUCUAA